ACACGAUCCAAAAUCCAAUCCCUUUUAUUUUACCCGUUAUGAUCCGAUCCAAACCCGACCCGUGACCCGUUUUACCAUCCUAUCUCACUCUCUUCCGCAAACCCUAGCUCCCUCUCCUCACAUAUAAACCCCAUCUCCAUUUCUAGGUCUCUCUCUACUCCCAUCUCCUCUCUCGCACCGGCCUCUCACUUUCUUUCGCAAAAACCUAACCAUUCUCACUCACCGUUUCCAUGGCUGAGAGAGGCGGAGAGCGUGGCUUUGGCCGUGGAUUCGGCCGUGGCGGACGUGGUGACCGCGGCCGCGGGCGUCGUCGUACUGGAGGUCGGCGAGACGAAGAAGAGAAGUGGGUUCCCGUGACAAAACUCGGACGCUUGGUGAAAGAAGGGAAGAUUCGAAGCCUCGAGCAGAUCUACCUCCACUCUCUUCCCAUCAAGGAGCACCAGAUCGUCGACACUCUCAUCGGUCCGUCCCUCAAGGACGAGGUCAUGAAGAUCAUGCCCGUCCAGAAGCAGACUCGUGCCGGUCAGCGCACCCGGUUCAAGGCCUUUGUCGUCGUCGGUGACGGCAACGGGCAUGUCGGAUUGGGCGUGAAGUGCAGCAAAGAAGUUGCGACGGCGAUUCGUGGUGCGAUCAUACUGGCGAAGCUGUCUGUGAUCCCGGUGAGGAGAGGGUACUGGGGAAACAAGAUUGGGCUGCCGCAUACUGUGCCGUGUAAGGUCACCGGAAAGUGCGGGUCGGUUACCGUGCGGAUGGUUCCAGCACCGCGAGGAGCUGGUAUUGUUGCCGCUAGGGUUCCCAAGAAGGUUCUGCAGUUCGCUGGGAUUGAGGAUGUGUUCACUUCAUCUCGGGGUUCAACGAAAACCCUUGGAAAUUUCGUCAAGGCUACCUUUGACUGUUUGUUGAAGACUUAUGGGUUCCUGACACCAGACUUUUGGAGGGAGACGCGCUUCUCAAAAUCUCCAUUCCAAGAGCACACUGAUCUGUUGGCCAAGCCCACCGGCAAGGCAGUAUACCUGGAGGAUGUCGAGAAGGUUGAAGCUUGAGUUACAUUGAAUCCUUUAUUAGGAUUUAAGGGUUUUGUUAGGAACUCAUAAAAUAGAGUACUUGUUAUUUAAUUUCUAUCCUUUUUUAUCCUGAAGGAUGAUUUGUUUGCCUGUUUCUGGAUUGUGUCAUGUGAACUGCUUUUUGUUUCAAAUUUAUGUCUUUAUCUUGAUUUCCCUUCAAUGUUAUAGUCCAAGAACAUGCAGAUCUGAAUGGAAAUAUCCUUGUUUGAUAA